GGACGUGACGUUCAGAAUACACGCUCGUUUUUUUCUCGUUGACAUGGUUUUCUGACCACAAACAAAACUUCGUUUUUAACCCCUUUAGAAGUUUUCUUUCUAAUUAAUUCGCAUUUAUUUUUAGUUUUAGCCGUUUAAAACGUCUGUCGUGACGGCAGUGAAUGCUCGCAACACAAUGAAGCUAAUUAACAAGCACGGCUAACAGAGGUGCUAACGCUAAUGCUACCUGCGUUUAUGCUAGUUUGGAAAAUGUCCACUAGCAGCUAAAAUAUGAGUAAAAUGAAGAGAAAAGAUGCCAAAUUAAGACUGAGUCCCAACGAAGAAGCUCGGAUAAUACGAGAAGAAUAUGACAGGAGGAGAAAACUGCGGAUACAGCAGGUGCGGGAGCAGCAGCGGUCCAUCGCACUGCAGAUCCGCCAAGGGGUUGAGCAGAGACGGCAACAUGAGCUGGAGAAGCUGGAGAAGGAGCUGAAGGAGGACUGGGAGCGACAGCAGAGGGAGAAACUCCACACUCUACAGAGGCUUUACCAGGAGAGCCUCCAGCUUCUUGGUCAAGGUCACAGGAGUGCAAAAGAAAACGAACCCGACUUGGCUGCAAUAGCUCAGAGGGAGGAGGAAAAUCACGUGAAAGCAGAGGAGCGUUAUCGAGAAGCCCUGAAGGAGCUCAAAUCACAGAGGCUUAAAGAUCAUGAGAGGCAGUCUAGAUCCAUUAAUGCCAGGAAGAAGGCACUACAGGCUGAAAAGGAAAGAUCAGCAAUAGUGGCCAGCCUCCCACCGCCUCUCCCGAACCCCAUCCAGAGCAUCGAUUCCAAGAGGCCACAUGUAGUGAAGAAAUCUGAUGUGAGUGCCUUUUCUGCCUCACACUACCACAUGCCUGAGAGCACAGUGGACAGAGAGGUUGACGCAGAGCAGCCUAACGCCCAUGAGGGAGCCGAGCUGGAGGUGAGGAGACUGCAGGACUUGGAGAGGGAGGAGAAGAGGAAGAGAGAGGAGCAGCUAGAGAAAGCUCGUCUCAGAGGGAAAGAGGCUCUGAGGAGGGAACAUCUCGUGCAGGAUCGUGAGCGCUUGCUUGUUGAACUGGAGCACCUGCAGCAGACGGACCUGCUGAGGAGGCGACAGCAGGUGUCUCAGAUGCCUCCGCAGAUCUUCCAGCCACUCUAUAAGAGACAGGAGACAAGGGAGGACUUCCAGAGGGAGAUGGAGUUUGCCUUUGAGGACAUGUACACUGGAGAGCGGAGGGUUAAAGGAGACCUGGUGGUCCAGCUGGUUCCCGAGCCUCUGCCAGCUCUGUCCACAGGCAGCCAGGACCAGGAGCUGGAUGUCACACUAGAUGACAUCAGCACACAAGGAGCAGAAAACACACAACAUGACACUGAGCAGGAGGAGCAGGAGGAGCAGGAGACAUCGGCUCCAGUGGAGCCCUCCAGACCUGCUCCAAGACGGGCAUUGAAGAAACUCCUGGAUCGUAUCAGGAGCCAGAGGAACCAGUGGACUGACCGCAACAGUUGCAUCCCUGCAGCAGAGUCACCGACUGCCAGCACUGAUCUGAUCCCGGAGCGGGACACAACCAUCGACACAGGCUCUCUGACCAGCGAGGAGAAAGACAACUUGCCUCCUGUCAAGGUGCCUGAGCCUACGCACUCACCACCGGCAGUGGAGACGACAGAGGCGUCUACUGCAGGAGAUCCUCUUCUUCCUGUUGUACUCGCCAACAGAAUCCAAGAGUUUGAGAAGGAACGAAGGAAAAGGGAAGAGGAGCUGGAGAGGGAGAAGCAGCAGCAGGUGGUUCUGCUGCAGGAGCUGGAAGAGCAGAAAGCCAAACUGGAGCAGCUGCUGCUUGAGGCUCAGCAGGAGAGAGAAGAUCUGAAGGCUACUUAUCAACCAGAGGUACCUGUCCGUGACCAGGAGGUCAUCUCUGUCACUCCUGGUCCAGUCACUGAGGCGGUGCUUCCUGCAGGUGAAAAUGACCACACUAGAAGGAUUAAAGAAUUUCAACAGCAGCUGCUGGAGCGAAACAGAAUUCACCAGAGGACGGUGGAGGUGGCCCGACAGCGCCUGGAGGAAUACCAAAAAGCUCUACGAAUUCGUCACAACAUGACCGCUACAUCGUUGCUGCCUUCAGUCCUUACUCACCCACCUCUGCACAGUGCUCAUUCUGUGCAUCCUCCAGCUCCUCUGCAACCCCCUAUAUCUCCUGCAAUGCCUGGAUAUAUCCAUGCUACAUCACAAACCUCCAUAGUAGUUCCCACAAAAGAGUCUGACAUGUUGGCUUCAACUUCCCGACUCCCUGGCUCCAGUGGAAGCCCAAGUUGCUGUCGGAUGAAGUUGAAUCUAUUUCGAGCUGGUCCCAGGGACCAGAGAGCAGAUAUGACUGCCCUGCUGACUGACAGCAUCAUGGAGAGAGUAACAGAGCACCUUACACAGAGAGUGAGACCCUCCUCAGAGCCACUGUCUCACACGCUGCUCACAACACGUCACUCAGCCAGUAUCCCACUGCAGCCGACCUCUGACCCCAUCAGAGCCAUCAGCCCAAGCACCACAAGUGGUGCAGUGCUGUUUCCAGACCAUAUAGCAUUUGAGCCGGGGAGCUUGCCACAUGAUGCCCUGCGUACCGCGUCCCUGGGCUCCAGAGAGGACGCAGACAUGGAGAGGCAGAGACGAGAGCUGCUGGAGGUCCAGAGACGGAUGCUGGAGCAGAGGGAGGCGGUGCAGCGGCAGCAGAGACAGCAGGAGGAGGAGAGGCAGAGACAGGAAGAGCAACGGCAGAGACAGGAAGCAGAGAUGCAGCAGAUGAGACGGCAGAAAGAGACGCUGCAGGCUCUGAUACAUACUGAUGCACAGCCAGCUCUAGAGGCAGCCAGUGAAGUUUCAGAGAACGUCAAUCAGACCCGCAGAAAAUUACUGGCGUCCCUGCUGAGAGCUAUAGAGGAGUCUCAUGGAGGAACUUUAUCAUACCUGGAAGACCCUCAAGAGACGGACGGUUCACCUUCGCAACCGCCAUCUAACAGUGCAAAACCCCCAGUGACCCGCUUCAGGCAUGGCGUCAUGGAAAUGAUGACUGAACAACACGAGCUCAGUGCUAUUCAAGAGGUGGAGACACCAGUGAACAGCAGCCAAGUCACAGGAGGAUUCAGAAUCGUCUGUGGCCUCUGA